AUGGAAAUACGACAAGUUACCAAGCUCACCAAGGAGGACAUCUCCGGCCGUGACUUUUCUUUUGAGAUAUCUUCCAAAGUGGCCAAGCCCUACGAGGCCCUCGCCCUUGUUGCGGAGGUCGUCACUACGCCUGUUGAGGUUGUCAAGAAGGACUUUGGGUUCGAUGAAGCCGAGUUUGAGAAUAUCAAAGAGCCGGACGGUGUUCUCUUCGUGGUGGUGGAAGAGGAAAAGGUGUAUGGAUAUGUCCAUGCGACAAAGGCUUGGAACAACAUGGUAGAAAUUCGCUGGAUCGCGCUGGAUGUGACCAUUCGGGGACGGGGCUACGGUAGGGUGCUGUUGGACAGGGUGUUGAUGUGGGCUCGGAAGCUUGGAGUUGCUGGUGUUCGGCUGGAGUCCCAAUCCAACAAUGUUGCGGCGUGCUUGUUCUAUCGACGGUGUGGCUUCAAGUUUGGUGGCUAUGAUGAAUAUCUGUACCGAGGGAUACCGGAAAACAGCCACGAGACGGCCUUCUUUUGGUAUUACAUGCUGGAAUAA